AUGGUUUCUUUCGAGGAUGACGACCCGAUAGAAGGGUCAGAAAACGAGUCGCAAGAUGAAGACGAGAACAUGGACGAUAAUGACAACGAGAACGACGAAGCAGAAGACCAAGACGAGGGCGAGCCUGAUGAAGAAGGCGACGAUGAUGAUAACGAUCAAGAUGACGAGGGCGACCAGGAUGACGACGAGGAAGGCGAUGCAGACGGAGACGCAGAAUCACCUUCACAAUCGCGCCGCCAGAGUCGAGCCUCCCCUUCGACAUCACGACCGCCGAACCCUACUGUUAUGCUGACAUCGCCGUCACCACGCCCUUCUGCACAUCAAUCGCCGAGUUCCCACCUAGCCUGGCCUUCAGUACGACAAGAAGCCCUCAACGCUGUCACGUACGACAUUGUGCCUACCAUGGCAGCACCACAGAGCACAUCGAUUAAUGCCGUCACAGCAACACCAGACAUGAGAUGGGUAUUCAGUGGUGGUACUGAUGGUUAUAUUCGCAUGUACAAUUGGGUUGAGACGGCCAACGGAAAAGUGCCAUUGACUGUGGCGCAAAAACACCCCUUCGUCGACAGCGUCAUGAAGGCCGGAAGCUUGACAACAUAUUGGGAGAAUGAAGAGACAUCAGUGCGUACUCCGCCUGCACAAUCUGCUGAAGAGCCGAAAGACUCGUCGCCAGUCUACUCUCUGGCUACACAACAUCAAGCGACAUGGCUCUUGUCAGGCCUCGAAUCAGGCGCCAUCAACCUACAAACAUGUCGUCACCAAGCCGGCACAAAGAUUACAACAUUACGCGAACAUACCUCAGCGGUCUCAGUCUUGAGUCUGGCUCAAGACGAGUACUCAUUCUUAUCAGGAAGCUGGGACAAGACAAUUCUUGACUGGGAUUUGAACAUGGGCAAAGUCAAGCGCUCAUUUGUCGGUAGUGGCGGCCAGAUCUCAGUACUCGAGCGUCGUCCCGAAUCUUCGUUACCAGUACCUCACGUCGCCGAAGACACGCAAGUUUCUAGUUCAACCUUCUCCUCGAACAAUGCCGCAAAACCUCUCACAAACGGUGUCUCGGCACCAGAAGAAAGAAGAGGAAGCAAGAACAGUCAAAAUGGCACAGAAGAUGCGGCAGGCUCGCCAGAUGGGUCUUUGUUUGGUGACGACAAUGGGUCUCUGUUCGGCGACGACAACAUCAAUGCCGACAAUAACAAUAACAACAACGCCUUCGACGACGAUGACGAGUUUGCAAAAGCAAUAGCCACAGGCCUGCAACAGUCAGAAGAACAGGAAGAUACAGAAAUGCUCGACGCAGGAGGGCCUGUUCAACCACCUCAAGACUCGACCACCGCUCAAGAUCCUAUGGACAUUAACUCACAACCACAACCUGAUGCAUCAACUACAGACCAACCAGAUCCUCUAUCAACAGGCAACCCUCAUUCUGAAGAAAUAACUACCAACGGCAACCAUGCCAACACAACAGAAGACGAACUGCCCCAAACCUCAUCCACAACUUUCCUCGACGCGUCCAUCGAAGGCACCAUCCGCAUCUGGGAUCAACGAGUUUCUUCUCCUAUCGCUGUGAUUCAUCCGACCACUGGCGUGCCUCCUUGGUGCAUGGGCGCUUGUUGGUCCGUGGAUGGCAACAGCAUUUACGCAGGCAGGAGAAAUGGCACAGUCGAGGAAUACUCUCUACACAAAGGUUUUCAGAUGGCGACUCCCCAGCGGACAUUCAAGUUCCCUGGUGGAAGUGGUCCGGUCAGUGCGGUCAGAGCUAUGCCUAAUGGCCGUCAUUUGAUUUGUGCAUCUUACGAUAUCCUUCGUCUGUACGACUUGCGCGACGUCGAGAAUACACGCUCGACCGUACCUUUCCUCAUUGUUCCUGGCCAUCGCACAGGUGUUAUCUCUGCUUUGCAUAUCGAUCCGGCAUGUAGAUUUAUGAUCAGCACAGCUGGUAACAGGGGUUGGGAAGGUUCAAGUACUGAGGUUCUACUUGGUUAUGAAAUUGGUUGUGUCUUGCCGUCUUGA